AUGAAACCCACUCACCUCACCAACCGCACAGACCCUCUCACCUCACCGACCCCUCACCCCUCUCAACUCACUGACCCCACAGACCCUCUCACCUCACCGACCCCACAGACCCUCUCACCUCACCGACCCCACAGACCCUCUCACCUCACCGACCCCACAAACCCUCUCACCUCACCGACCCCACAGACCCUCUCACCUCACCGACCCCACAGACCCUCUCAACUCACCGACCCCACAGACCCUCUCACCUCCCCGACCCCACAGACCCUCUCACCUUACCGACCCCACAGGCCCUCUCACCUCACCGACCCCACAGACCCUCUCAACUCACCGACCCCACAGGCCCUCUCACCUCACCCGACCCCACAGGCCCUCUCACCUCACCGACCCCACAGGCCUUCUCACCUCACCCGACCCCACAGGCCCUCUCACCUCACCGACCCCACAGGCCCUCUCACCUCACCGACCCCACAGGCCCUCUCACCUCACCGACCCCACAGGCCCUCUCACCUCACCGACCCCACAGGCCCUCUCACCUCACCGACCCCACAGGCCCUCUCACCUCACCGACCCCACAGGCCCUCUCACCUCACCGACCCCACAGGCCCUCUCACCUCACCGACCCCACAGGCCCUCUCACCUCACCGACCCCACAGGCCCUCUCACCUCACCGACCCCACAGGCCCUCUCACCUCUCACCUGGUGGAAUCCGAGUGGCUGAGUUGUGUCUAA